AUGCCUCCAAGAUUCUUAGACAAAAAUUACUUCAAGAGUCCCUUCUAUAGAGAAGAUCUCGACGAAAAAAAACAGAAUGAUAACAGAGAUGUUGAAUCUGAUGUUUCUAGUAUUAAGAUCUCUCAUGGUGUUGCUAAAGCUGAAAUUAUAAGAAAAAUUUGGACAAAAAAAAAAUUGGUUAUUGCUUACUCAUUUCUUAUUUUUUCUUCCUUAAUUAUAUCUUUUUGCAAAUACGCUGCAGGUACAUAUUCUCCAUAUGUUACCUCAUCAUUUUCAAGACAUUCUGCAAUUACAACUGCUGGUGUCAUUUACAAAAUUGCUAGAUUAGUUGCUUAUCCAAUUGUUGCAAAACUAUCUGAUGUAUUUGGUAGAUCUGAAGGUUUUUCCGUUGCUGUUUUUCUUUUAACUGUUGGUUAUAUUAUGUACGCUGCUUGCAACAAUGUUGCAACCUAUUGUCUUGGUAUGAUUUUUGAAGGUACUGGUGAUGUUGCUUAUGCUGUUAUGCAACAAGUUUUCAUUGCUGAUACGACAAAUUUAAUCAAUAGAGGCUUUUGGUCUUCUUUACCAGAAUCUAUUACAACUAUUCCAACUUUAUAUCUAGGUUCCAUUGUUGCUGAAUCUGUUCUUGAAAAUAGCACUUUUCGUUGGGGUUAUGGUAUGUGGGCAAUUAUUUUGCCAUUUACUUUAUUACCUUUAAUUAUGCUUAUGGUUGUGAUGGAAAGAAAAGCUAAAAAAGAAGGUAUUGCAAAAAACGUUAAAAUUUGGAAAACGUUACCUGAUGGUUCUUUAACCAAAAAAAUUUAUCAUUUAUUGUGGAUCGAGUUAGAUAUUUUCGGUGGUCUCCUUCUUAUUAUCGGGUUGGGACUUGUUUUAAUUCCAUUGUCGCUUACUGGUAAAGGAACAAACUAUCGUUGGAAAAAAGGUGAAUUCAUUGCAAUGUUUAUUAUUGGUGUUUUUGUAUUAGUUGGUUUCACUUUAUGGGAUCUCUAUGUUGCCAAAAAUCCUUUUAUUCCCUUUAAAUUUAUGAAAAAAAAUAAAACAGUAAUUGCUGUUUGUUUACUUGGGUUUUUUGAUUUCUUAAAUUAUUCCACCUUUACUACUUAUUUCCCAUCAUAUUUACAAGUAGCAGCCCAUAAAUCACCUGGUGAAGCGACAAGAAUUGAUAAUUCAUUAAGAGUUUCUUUCCAAAUUGCUUCUGUUGUGGUGGGCCUUUUAAUGCGUUUCACAAAUAGAGCAAGAAUUUAUGUUUGGAUUGGGGUUCCAAUGGUUAUUCUUGGUCAAGGUCUUAUGAUUCAUUUAGUUGAUAUGCCCACUGGCUCAGCUGCAAAUGAAGCUUCGUUUAUUGCUGCAAAAAGUAUUUUUGGUGUUGGUCGUGGUUUCUAUCAAACUGCUUCUCAAGUUAUUCUUCAAUCAAUUGUUACAAGAGAUCAAGUUGCUAUUUCAACUGCUAUUUUCCUUGCCACGAUGACUUUAGGUGGUAGUUUUGGUAGUAGUGUUUGUGGUGCUAUUUGGUCAAAUUAUCUUCCAAAUUAUCUUAAUGAUUAUUUGCCUGAUGAAUAUCAAAGAAACUCUACUGCUAUUUACAAAUCGAUUGUAACUGCAAUGAAAUUUGAAAUCGGUACUGAUGUUAGAAAUGCUAUUGAUCAAUCUUAUAGGGAAACUGGUAAGAUUCUUGCAAUUAUGAGUACUUGUUUUACUAUUCCAAUGAUCUUUUUAUUACUCUUUAUCUCUAGUGUUGAUCUUAACAAAGAAGAUGCAAUUAGACAAAGGGAAGUUGAUAAGGAAUUAGAAAAGUCAGAUGUUCCAGAAAAUAGAGAAGUUGAUAACAAUUUCAACAAACCAAGCAUUACAGGAUCUUCUGAAAAAUCUUUACAUUCUAAUUCUAAUUCUAAUCCAAAUUCUAAUGUUGAUGUUACCAACAAAGCCAAUUAG